AUGCUGGCUCCACGUCUUCUCCGAUCCAGCUCUGCCUCACCCCAAGCCUGGAUCCGUCCCUUGUCCACAACCGUAGCGCUCUGUCGGGCCCCUUCGAUUAGAGACAUCACACCAGACACCGCGGCUUCCUUCAACGCGAGGCAGAAGGAGUUUCGGGAUAACCUGGAAGCUGCUCGGAAGAAAAAAGAACAGCAAGAGAGUCAGUUGGGUGAUGCUUCUGUUUCUCCUGCUUCAUUUUCCUUUACAAGUCGGCAGCAAUCGGGCUCAACAUAUCCCACUGCUCCAGGAAUGAGCAAUGUGAGCGGGAAGUCCGAUCGCACCGCCGCUGGCGUUGCAGUUGCUUCAGCUACGGCGGCUUCUAAUGAUGUUCCCGUUCCUCUUGUUAUUGAUGCUGCGGAGACUUUGGACGUGCAUGGUUUGAGCUCACUCUCCACCCACCGCAUUGUAGGGGAACACCGUCAAUCCGAAACCAGCAACGCUCCCAAGCGUGGCACCUUGUCCAGCUUGAUCUAUGGCACCAAAGAAGGACAGCAGCUGGACAAGGACAUCGAGCGGUCGUUCUCAGAGGUGCUGGCCCGGGGGAAAUACGUGCAUUCGAUUGUCUUCCAUGAAGUCAAGCCGGAUAAGGUGGAUGAAUAUGUCGACUUGGUCGGGCAGUGGUAUCCGAAGAUGGCCCAGAUCGAGAAUAACAAGGUUCAUCUCGUUGGAAGUUGGAGAACACAGGUCGGGGACAACGAUACAUUUGUCCACAUCUGGGAAUACCAACGCUAUUCGGGCUAUCACGCCUCCUUGCACGCCAUUUCCGAGCACCCCGAAUUCCGCGCAUUUGAUUGUCGCCUGAAAUCCCUCAUCAACAGCAAACGCACAUCUCUCAUGCAAGAGUUCUCCUUCUGGCCAACAACUCCACCCCGUAAACUCGGCGGCCUUUUCGAGCUCCGCUCCUACACGCUGCACCCAGGCAACCUUCUCGAGUGGGAGACCCACUGGCGAAGAGGGCUGCAUGCCCGCCGCGAAGUGAUGGAGGGAGUAGGCGCGUGGUUUGUGCAGAUCGGCGAGCUGAACACGGUGCAUCACCUAUGGCAAUUUGCGGAUCUGGAGGAGCGCAAGAUUCGACGCGAAAAGUCCUGGUCCAUUGAAGGUUGGGCGGAUACUGUUCAUAAAACGGUGCCGCUGAUUCAGACUAUGAAGAGUCGGAUUUUGAUUCCUAUGCCGUGGAGUCCCGUUGGAUAG